AUGAGGGUUGCGUCGUGGCUCAUGGCUUACUCUACGAGUUUUUCUAGAGCACUCCGCUUAUUCGGCCUUUUUAUCCCAGUCUUUAUCCUCCUCAUCCUCCUCGCUCGCACAAAAGGCACUCGAGACCCCGGCUCCGUCUUUUUUGACCCUUGGACAGGGUACGAUUCAUCGUACUCUUCUUUAAGGAUUGAACAGGCAAAUUCGUAUAUUGAGGAAAUCAACACAUUAGGCGAGGAUACGACUGAAGGUAUUUGGAAGGCCUCCGAAAAGCCUGAACUAUGUGUUGGUAUCGCGACCGUUGCGCGCGAGCUAGAGGGCGCAGAAUACUUCAAAAAUACAGUUGCCACUCUUCUUGAAGGGCUAAGUGAGAUAGAGAGGAGUCAGAUCUAUCUAAUACUCUUUAUUGCUCAUACUGAGCCUUCAGACCAUCCCGCCGUUCAUGAGAAAUGGUUCAAAAAGCUUCCUGAUCAGAUUUUGUUCUAUAAUGAGGACUUAGAUAUCGAUCAUAUACGAGAAUUGGAGCAAAAUCCCCAUACGCUGGCCAAGAAAAAGGCACUAUUGGAUUAUCAAUAUCUUCUACAGGCAUGUAACAGUCUUAAUACACCAUAUAUCUUGAUGGUGGAAGAUGAUGUUAUUGCUCAGGAUGGAUGGUUUCAUAAAACCCAGGAGGCAAUAUCUACUGCUGAACAGCAAAAUCGGGAGAUCGGUGCUUCGAAAUGGCUGUAUCUACGCUUAUUCUACUCUGAAGAGUUUAUCGGUUGGAAAACAGAGAAUUGGCGAACCUAUACAUAUUACUCAGUCCUUGUUUUCUUCUUCGUGCUGUUCACCUCCCUCGGUAUCCGCCAAUAUUACCAUCACUCGCUCCCAACCGGUUCUAUUAUUCUUCUCAGCUUCCUUAUAACACCACUUUUCAUUAUUCUUUUCUUCGCCACCGGUCGCGUAACAGUACUUCCAAUUCGACAUGGGGUACAUCAAAUGCCAGAUUCGGGUUGUUGCUCUCAGGCUUUUGUGUUUCCGCAAUCAAGAGUCUCGCAGCUAUUGGACAUAUACCAUUCUCACACAGAAGGGAAUAUAGACUCAAUAACGGAGGCGUUUGCAAACGACCAUGGCGAGGUUCGCUGGGCUAUCACGCCGAGCAUCAUGCAGCAUGCCGGAAGACGAAGCUCGAAGGUUGAGAAGGGGACUUCUGAGCGAGGGUCACGCUUCAAGAGUAAAGGCGAAAUGAAGGGAUCCGAGCGGCUUUGGAAUUUUGAAUUCGAAUUGAAUGAUGCAGAUAUGCUGCGCGAGGAACAUAACAGAGUCAAAGAAAUGUACACACAAUUAUAA